AUGUCCACCUCCCAGCUGCUAUACUUCCACUGCCCAGAAGUGGCCCUCUCCUUCCGCGCGAAGCUCCUCACCGCGGAAAACCCGGACGUGGCCGCGCAGCUGGUCGCCCAAUUGCCCCUGCAGAGCACGCUGGGCCACGUCGUCAUCUCCGGCGAAGCCUUCUGGCUGCCGACGCGCAUCGUGCACCUGGGCCGCGACCGCAUGGUCCCGCGACACCCGGGGGCCGUCUAUCUCAACGCCGUUGGGGGCUCCCUGUGUCUGACCUACGGGAAUGUCACCGAGAGCGCGCCGGUGAACAAAGUGGCCGACGUCGAGGCGGCGGACCUGCCCGCCCUCGUCCAGCUGGGCCGUCUGGUGUACGAGCACACCGUCGCCAGCGCGCGACACACGCUGCUCACCAUCCACCUUGCCCUGCAUCCGCAAACCCCGAGCACACACAACCUCAAGCUCACCACGGGGAACCACCACCACCCCCAAGAACAUAAAUAUAACUCCUCCCGCUCCUUCGACAAACCCCUCCCACUUACCACCCCCAGCUCCCAGCUCCAAACAUGGCACACAGCCCUCACCACUAUAACCACCGCAACCACCACCAUCUGGCUGCACAUGCCCCCAAGCAUCCAACGCGUAAAAUGGGGCCUCAUCCCCAGCGGCGCCGGCACAGGGGCCCAGUACUUCUCCGUGCUGGUGCACCUCAAAUCCUUCCUCCUGCAUCUGGGCUGCGACGUCCUCUACCGCCUGCUCAAGAUCUCGCUGUACCCCGACCUCCCCCUGGCGGUGGUGCAGCGCAUGACCCGCGAGUUCUUGGUGGUCAAUUUCAAUACCUUCGAUAUGUUGGUCGAUCUCGGGGUGGACGAGAUGGGGGCCACUGGGGAGGUUUAUUUGCGCGGGGUGGGGACGGUGGCCUGUAAGGAGGAGUAUCGCGUGUUGACCGGGGCGUUGUUCUCGUAUGUCUGUCGGAUGCAUCGCUGGGUGCAUUUGGUUUUUCCGUGGAAUCUGGGGGUGGCGUUUCCGCAGCGGCGGGUGGAGGAGAUUUUGGAGAUGGCGGGGGCGGUUGGGGGGUUUAGGGCUGGGUGUGUGGGGAUGGGGAUGGUGUUGGAGGAGGCGGUGGAUGGGGUAGAUAUACAGGGUUUGGAAGGUGGGGUAGGGGUUGGGGGAAGAGUGGGUGGGAAGUCCAAUGCGAUGGGGGUGAAGGGGGUGGUUGAGAGCGUGGAGGAGGCGCCGGUUUGA